CCAGACGGAGCCGUAGUUACUAAACGGAUGGACAGUUGGAGGAUGGCGGCUUUGGGCCGGCUAAUGUGACACGUCUGUCUGGGAAGCAGAGGUCUGAGUGUUAUUAGACAAGCAGAACUCGGUUGCGGACUGGCUCUUUGACAUAUAGCCACGAUUUAAGCAGAAAGUGGAGCUUUAAAGCUGAAUGUAGAGGCGUGUUUCCCGGAGCCGCCACUGCCGCUGAGUGACGGGCUGAGCCCGGGUAUCCGGGCCGAUGACCGCCGCCGACUGCCGCGCUGGCGAGGACCUGGACUUCAGGCUGCUCUUCGGGGACGACGGCCAGCAGCAGACGCUGGGCCCCGCAGAUCUUGAACCUGAUGACAGCACCCCUUUCUACAUCCUCAGCGUUGGCCAUCCGACUUCUGCGGGCAACCUGCCCCCUGGAAUUGCAUGCCAAGGUGCACAGACGUCCUCGCCAGUCGCUUCUGCAGCUCCUCAACUACAUGGCCCCCGGACCUGUGACCUUGGCUAUGGAGUCCAGACCUGCAAGUACAACUCGGCCAUGAGCCCCAAGGCCUUUGAGUGCCCCAGCAUCCAGAUCACGUCCAUCUCCCCCAACUUCCAGCAGGACUUCGAGGCUAAUGAUGAUGGCUUGCAGGUCAAAGGGCCAAAGGCUGGCUGCCGUGAGCAUCCCUCCGGCCGGGACCAGCUAUACCUGCCCGUCGAGCAUUCGUACCGGGACACCUCCCUGAGCCCCAGCCCCUGCAGCAGCAUCUCCUCCCGGAGCUGGUUUUCCGACGCCUCCUCCUGCGAAUCCUUCUCCCACGUCUACGAUGACGUAGACUCUGAGCUCAAUGAGGCGACGGCUCGCUUCACACUGGGCUCCCCCCUCGCCUCUCCGCUCGCCUCCCCCCGCUGCUCCCCGCAGGCCGGCCCGGCAGAGGAGCCCUGGCAGCUGCACCUUGCCAGCUUCCCCCCCCCACCGUCGCCCCGUCAGUCCCCCUGCCACUCUCCCCGCACCAGCGUGACGGAUGAGAACUGGCUAAGCCCACGGCCCUCCUCCCGGCCCUCCUCCCGGCCCACGUCCCCCUGCGGAAAGAGGCGCCACUCCAGCGCCGACAUCUGUUACCCCGGUUCUGCCUCCCCCCACCACUCCCCCACCCCGACACCUGGCCACUCCCCCAGGGGCAGUGUGACGGAGGAUACCUGGGCUGGCUCUACCUCGCUCGGGGGCUCCCCUUUCCAGUGCUGCCCUUCUGAACUAGAUAUUCCUUCCAAGACGAGGAAAACAUCCCAGGACCAGACAGCACUGCUCGCUGACUCAGGCCUAGAGGACGCCUGCUGCGUGUCCCCCUCGCUGGAUUCGCCGGUUGAGGAUGUAACUCAUAGCUUGAAGAAGGAUGUCUCCGGGGAGCACUUCCUGUCUGUCCCCUCACAUUUCACAUGGAGCAAACCCAAGCCGGGCCACACCCCCAUCUUCAGGGCGUCCUCGCUGCCCCCCCUGGAUUGGCCCCUACCCAGCCAGUUUGGCCAGUAUGAGCUGAAGAUCGAGGUGCACCCCAAGGCCCACCACAGGGCCCACUAUGAAACGGAGGGGAGCCGGGGAGCCGUCAAGGCAUCUACGGGGGGGCAUCCGGUGGUCAAGCUUAUAGGCUACAAUGAAAAGCCAGUCAGCCUGCAAAUGUUCAUCGGCACUGCCGACGACCGUUACCUUCGACCACAUGCCUUCUAUCAGGUGCACAGAAUCACCGGGAAGACGGUCGCCACCGCGAGCCAGGAGAUCAUCAUCUCCAGCACUAAAGUUCUUGAAAUCCCUCUGCUUCCAGAAAAUAAUAUGUCAGCCAGCAUCGACUGUGCUGGGAUUUUGAAGCUGCGCAAUUCGGACAUCGAGCUGAGGAAGGGGGAGACCGACAUCGGGCGCAAGAACACGCGAGUCCGGGUGGUGUUCCGGGUUCAUAUCCCGCAGCCGGCAGGAAAAGUGCUGUCUCUGCAGGCGGCCUCUAUCCCCGUCGAGUGCUCCCAGCGCUCUGCACAGGAACUACCCCAUGUGGAGAAGAGCAGCCCGAACAGCUGCUCUGUCGACGGAGGGGAGGAGGUGCUCAUCACCGGCUCCAACUUCUUUCCAGAGACCAAAGUCAUCUUCCUGGAGAAGGGGCCAGAUGGGCGUUCUCAGUGGGAAGUUGAAGCAAGAGUGAUACGAGAGAAAAGUCAAGGGUGUAACAUUGUGGUGGAGGUUCCCCCGUACCACAGCAAGGCUGCCAGCUCUGCCAUUCAGGUGCAAUUCUACGCGUGCAAUGGGAAGAGGAAGCGCAGCCAGGCUCAGCGCUUCACCUAUCUGCCAGUGUCAGUGAAACAGGAACAUAAAGAUGAAGCGGACUUGUCGUCUACCUCCUUGCCCCUGGCCCAGCCCACCAGCGUUCCAGGGCUCCACCCAGCCAGGGCUCUUCUGCUGCCACCCGACCCGGUGCCCCAGCACGGCGGCCUGCCCCCGGGCCUGCUGCCUGGCAAGCCAUCCCUCCAGGCUCUGUACUCUCAGAUGAGCUCUUGCUCAUUCCAGCUCCUGGCUCAGCCCCCGUGCCGCGGGCUUCCCCCGGGCCCUGACUGUCCACUGAUCAGGCCGCCCUUGGCGUUCCCGGCGCCCCCAGGGCCACAGCAGAGGCCCCCAUACCAGGCCCUCCCACACAGCCUGAUGAAUAGCUGUCAGCCCAGUGUUCCCCUGAGCACAGCCCCUGCUCCGGCCUUCCAGCAGCUCUCCUUACAAACCGAGUCUUCGGCCUCUCAGCUCCUGGCAUUUGGCGCCGGCUUCACCUCCUCAGCCACGAUUUCCGGCUCUGCUUCCCCUUCGGUCCCCGGCCAGCCCCUGAUCCCCGCUUCCCCUUCGGUCCCCGGCCAGCCCCUGAUCCCCGCUUCCCCUUCGGUCCCCGGCCAGCCCCUGAUCCCNGUCCCCGGCCAGCCCCUGAUCCCCGCUUCCCCUUCGGUCCCCGGCCAGCCCCUGAUCCCCGCUUCCCCUUCGGUCCCCGGCCAGCCCCUGAUCCCUUCUAUCCCUUCGGUCCCCGGCCAGCCCCUGAUUCCUGCUUCCCCUUCAUUCCCCGGCCAGCCCCUGAUCCCUGCUUCCCCUCCGGUCCCCGGCCAGCCCCUGAUCCCUGCUUCCCCUUCGUUCCCCGGCCAGCCCCCGAUCCCUGCUUCCCCACAGUUUCAUUCUCUGGGCUUUCCCUGCCCCACCCCUGCGCCGGUUUCAUCGCCUCCCCUCCCUGUUGAGCCACCCCAGCUGCAGCACCCCUUGGGCUACCACCCGCCCAGCCAGGGCUCUGCUUCGUUCCCCUCUUCCAACACGGCCCCCCUAUCUAUGGGGUCCUCGCCCCACUCGGGGCCAUCUUCACCCCAGCUCCAGUCGCUCCCAUACCAGUCCCCCACCCCCGGCUCAGCAUCCUCCCCUUCACCUACCUCCAGCAGCCCCCUGAUGCACUUUCGGCACUCAGGUCAACCCCCGGCUCAAGCAGCCAGUCCAAUUGUAGGAAGCCAGGUGUGCCCCCUGGCCCCCCAGGGGGAGAGGAUGAACAUCAAGCAAGAGUCCGAGGGCAAGGAACUCGCCUUCAAUGCUAUUGGCUUGCAGGACAUUACGCUGGAUGACGUGAAUGAGAUCAUUGGCCGUGACAUGUCUCAGGCUCCAGCUGGAAGUCACAGCCAGUCAUAGCUAACUCUGCACCUGGAACAGGGGUCCUCUGCACUGGGAGCACCGACGUCCUGCUGUCCGCUCUAUCCUGCUUUCAGCGCCCCCUGUGGGUCAGUGCCGAAAGCAAACCUAGAGCGAUUCUCUCCAGAGAAGCCAAGGACUGGCAGAACAGCGCCCCCACCAGGCCACACUUACCGCUGCACCCCUGGUGCAAAGACAGCUCGUCCAGCUUGAUAUCAAGUGGAACUUUACAACCAGCACUGGUUCUAGAAGACAAAGGUCAAUCAUGAAUCAUUCCACCUUGGAGUUCCUAGUGGGUUUAUAAUAUGCAACAUUCCAUCCUUUUUUUGAACUUUAAAACGGAUGACUUCAUAUUUUUUCCUCACUUCAGGUUGCACAAUUGCCUUAUAAACAUGUUGUUGCUUCGAAAGAUGUUAAAAGCUUUUAAUUGUAAAAAAUUUUAUAUAGUUGACUUCAAAAGUUAUUGUAAACGUUACAAAAAAGAUAUUUAAAAUACUUUAAGCUAUUUGUAAAUAUUGUGGAGGCUUUGUAGUGCUCACCAAGUUUGGUGUUACUUGCUUUUUUAUGGAUAUUUGCUGAAUUUUUAAAGAGCCGUUUGAAAUAGAAUAUCUCUUAACGUGGCUGUGAGUGUCAGUCGAUUUGACAAAGCUGAAAAUUGGGGGAAAAGUUGUUGAGACAGAGCCCUCUGCUGGUUGCUGAUAACCGUUACAGCUUUCCUAGGCAAUAUUUCUUCUGCAGGGCUGCUCCUGCGUGCCUUCCAGGUGAAUCUAUGGACAGACACAAAUUAACAUAAUUGAGCUAGUAUGUAUAAUACAUUUAUUAUAAGUUGGAAACAUCACAGAUUUGAAAUCUUUUGUCCAAAGUACAGCUAGUGUCCCUGGAGAAUAGGGGUCAAGGGUCUGUCUCAAAGGCCCAAUGGUAAAAUCACUCUGCCAGCCACAGGAUGUAAAGCGACCAUGGGCACCGAGUCUGAGCCCCCAGGGCCACACGCUGUGGGUAUGACCCGUAGUAGCACAAAGAACAAAUUUGCUCAUGUUUCCUACUGAAUUAGCCAAGCUGCCUUUCCAUUCCGCGUGAUUUCUUUGAAAGCAGUUAAACUCUGAUUAAAUUACAUAAAAAUCCAUAGCGACAAUUUGACCAUGGUAAUAUAGAUCAUGGUGUAACAGUAAUCUAUAAAUGAUAAACACUUUAAAUUCAGGUCAGACCUUACUGAAUCCUAUUUAAUUUUGCUGUAUUGUAUUUUUAUUUCAAUGUUGGUACAAUAGUACUUUUGAGGGAAAGUAAUUUUAUAAUAAAAAAAGGAAAAAGCUAAUUAAAAGCCAAUGAGUAAGAAUAGUGGAAUGUUUGCUGGAACCGUUUUCUGAAAGAUUUGCAUGCAGCGUGACACGAGUGACCUUUCAUUGCAGAAUUGUGUGUAGCUUUCCUGUUUGUUUCAUGCCACGUGUGUUCAGGGGAUACUGCAUAAAUGCAUCUAUGCACCAUUUCAUAUACUCUCUGCCUUAAGAUUCUUACCUGACGUGAGUAAUAUUCUUGCAUGUGUAUUGUUGUAUUUAAGACCUAGUGCAUCUCUUUUAGGGAUGUAUGUGGUGUUACCUUUGAGACUUUUGACACAGCACUGUAGAGGUGUGCGGAUGUUGUGCAGAACUGCAAUUAAGACACAACCUGCUAUGCACUAAAUCCUGUCUGAUGCCUUUUAAACAAACUUGGAUGCCUGAAUAAGACCAUUUCUAGAUGCUUUAAUGAAUUUUCUGAUAAGUAGGAGACUUAAUUCCCUGUGAACAAUUAAAAUGUUUUUUUUUUUUUUUUGUUUGUUUUGGUUUAUGUUGCUUUCAAAAAGGAUUCAGUUAUAUGGGUCUUAUUCUGGUGGGAUGGGUUUAAGACUGUUAGUAUUUUUGUAUUUCAAUAAAGAAAACAUCAAUAGAUGAUUAUUAUGCAAGCUGAGAUUGUAAAACAACAUAACAUUCACUCCAUUCAAAUGUACAAAAUUUUUAAGAUGAUUUUAAUAGUUUCACGCACAAUAAGGUUGAAUAUGUGAUUGAUCUGUUGGACUAGUUUCAAACUCCAGUUUGUGAAAUUUUAACAGCACUCUUCGGUACUCUUUAAGACUUCAUUUGACUUCAUUCAGAGUGCUGCUUGUAUAGCAGAAUGCUUCAGAAAGCACAAUGGACAGGGCAGUGCUGCAGAUGCUGGUCUGGAUGUAUUCAGACCUGUGCAGGCAACACAAACAGCCUGCCGUCUGCCGCUGCUGUGUUUGUCCUGAACCAAAGAUGGAACGGUCUGUUCACACUACUUACUGGUCAAACAAACUCUGGACUAUUUUUGAUACUCUAGAUGGAUGUCAUUCCUAAAGGUUUAAGGAAAAUAAGAAACUUUGUUUAAAAAAAUUCAAAGGGAAACACAGGUUUAAUGUUUACAAGGCCUUGUAUUAUGUGCAUUUAUGUAUUUUAAUGUUUUGUAAUGCUGUGUCAUUCAGAAACGUUGAAAGAAAAAAUUGCAGUUUAGGCUCUUAACUGGUAGUGUAUCAAUAAAAUGCAAAACAGAAAGAUGAA